AUGUUGUCCGUGAAACUAACUUCAAGAAGCGCCGAUUCAGUGCUACAGCCUUUGGUAAGAUGCGCAGUUCGUCAUAGCUCUGGUCCUGCUGCAAGGAAACUGGCUGGUAAAGAACCUUCGGGUGGUUCUUCUUCCUCAUCGUCUUCCCAAGAGAAAAGUGGUGCAGGUGGACAAGUUACACUCAACCUGUCUACUCAAAAAAUAGUGAACCAGCUCUCAGCGCUAUCAGCAAGUAGGAAGCAGCCUAGAUUACUCAAAUUGUGCAAUGAAGACUUUAUCAAGCAUAAGACGAUAAUGAAUGCAUGGAAAUUGUACAAACAAAAAAAGGACCAAAAACGCGAAACACAAUUGUUGUUACAAUACAAGAGCAUAUAUAAUGCAAUGGAGGAUUUGAAAGCUACUAGUCCGGAGUUGUUUGAAGCAGCAGGGGGAGAAGGACCAGAAUUUGAAUCACAUGCUGAAGCCACAUCGCUUAACGCAAGCAAGAACUUUACCAAGUUCCCUAUUGAGAUGAGGAUACCUACAGAUUACCCACCUAAUAAACCUUGGAUCCAUUCCUUUAAACCAAAGAGACAAGUUUAA